AUGAAGAUAAUACUCGGGUUUUUAUUGUGCGGCCUAGCUUGCGCUCUGCCGUACAAUAAAACUGGAAAACUGGAAGCUCCUAAAAUCAAGACUGAUCUCAAGACGAAGGAAGAUAAAUUAUUCACUUCAUUGUUGCCAAAAGUUUUCAAUCAAACGGGAGUCAAUAAUAGCAGAGCUAAAAAACAAGCUACUUAUUAUUUUGUUCAGCCAGAUUCAACUCAAUGCUGUCCUUGUUCGGGAGCAGGAGCUUCAGGAACUACUGGAACUUUUGGAACUGCUGGACAUACGGGAAGCUACAGAAUCAUUGAGACUACAGGAACUACUGGAACAACAGGAACAAUUGGAACUUCAGGAACUGUUGGAACAACAGGAACUGUUGGAACAAUUGGAACUUCAGGAACUGUUGGAACUUCAGGCACUGCUGGGCAUUCGGGAACUAUAAGAAUCAUUGAUUCUUCAGGAAAUAUUGGAACAACAGGAACUGGUGGACAUACAGGAAUCAUCAGACUUGGUGGAAUAGGAACCACUGGAACUACUGGAACAACAGGAACAGGAACUAUAACCAAUGAAAAUCUUAAUUACGGAUCAUCACCUUCAAGCGGAGGAACUACAUAUCUUUUCCAACCAGGAUCAACUUCAUCCCAAGGAGGUCAACUAACAACCUGCUGCUAUCCAUGCGUCGUACCUGCUCCACAACCACCACCACAACCACCAAUAGUAGUAACAGUAGACAAGACUGUAACUCCACCACCAACUCAGCCUCCAAUUGUCGUGCAAUUCGAGUCGCAUCCAGCUCCGCAGCCAGACAUUUACCUCCACAUGAAAACACCGGCAAUCCAAAUGCAAAACUCCUACACUAACAGCACCCACACUGAAAAAAUAGUCGAGCAUAAAUCUGAUGAGUCAACGAAAUGCGAUCAAGACACUUACGUAGUAUUGCCACCAGCAGACACUCAGUCCUCGGUUAUGUACGUCCAGUUCCCGAUUAUUCAACACCAAACGCCAGUCUUUCCUCAAAUUCUCGUUGGAAGCUCCAAACUUAUAAAUGCCUGCUUGAAUAAAACUGGAUCCAGUUCGGUAGCAGAAUCUGAGUCUUCUUCUUCUUCAUCAUCAUCAGAGACUACUUCUUCAGGAUCUAACUCUUUUGCAACCAAUUCUGGUGUUUCUUGUGAAGCAACUCAACAAGUUGAUGCUGGGAAUAAUAAUAACAUUAAUGGACAGUUAUUACAUUUCCCUGGAGAAGCCAAUCAACAAGGACAAUUCUAUUCUGGGCAAGUGUAUCAAUCUGGACAAUUCAAUGGAUACGGACUGGGACAAUUCAACCAACCGGGGCCAUUUGAUCCCCAAGUUAAUUCAAACGCACCGCUUCAACCACAAAUUUGUGGAGUUGAAGGUAAUUUUAAUCUCAACAGAUUUCAACCUAGUCCAGGAUCUUGGGCGGGAAACUUUGAAAUUCCAAGAGAACAGCAGAUUUAUAGAUAUCCCAGUUUUCGUGCUGCUAACAAUGAUGAUCUAAACAAACAAAUUCCUCAGUUGAACCCUGUCACUGGACGACCGGAUCAACAUGUGGGUCAAGGGCAGAUGACACCCGACAACUUGAUGAGGAGAUACUUUUCUCGGUCUGUGUCGGCUGAUAAAGGCGCAGAGUUUGAUUCUUCAGAAGUAAAGUCGAGUGCUGACUCACAUGAAGUACAACCUCAGGAUGGCAAAGGCGCAAGCGUUUCUCCGCCGGUUCAAGUGUUACCUUCGCUGACGAAAAAUUCAUUGAAAAAUUUUGAAAAUAAUAAAGACUCAAGUGGCUCUAAAAUUAGUGAUAGAAAAAAGUUUAAAAAUUAA